AUGCAGCAUGAGAUGCUCGAAAAACAGAUGCGACACAGUGGCCAGAGCCUUCUGUCUGAUGCAGGUGCUAAAGAGGGAAGCGGGCGCGAGGCUAUGAGAAAGCGGCGGCCGCUGCUGGUUAAUGCUGGAAUUGCUCUGUCGCCUGAUGCUUUCCAAACCAUCCUGGAUGCUGACAAUGAUGGAGCUGGAGAUCGUCUGGAGCUGCUCGCUGCUAAAGCCCAACAUCACAGCACCUAUGUGCAGAAGGUCAAAGGUCAUUUGGAGGGACUUGAUGAGAGCUCGGAUGACAAAGAAAGGAUGAAAUUAUGGGGUUCUCUGGCCAAGACCGCCCGGAAACAGGAGGUUUUUGACGUGUGCCGGGUGGCCUGUCGCUUCUGUCUGCUUUAUGAUGAUGGACGAUGGAAAAACACGACAGGUGAACCCAAGAACAGAGCGAGUCCAGAGCAGAGGAACCAGACCGACCCAAACACACAGAGAGAUCUGCUGCGUCUGCUAGCCGAGAUCGUCUGUCUCCAAGUUCCGUGUGCAUCCAGAGGAUUCCCUCGUCUCAUCCUCCCCGCAAGUCUGUGGAUUAGUGAUGGUGAAAUGAAGCUUUUCAAAGCACCAAGGCUUUCCCCUCAAGUGUAUCGUAAAAAGGUUCAUUACUCGAAGCUCUCCAACACUACGCACACUAACGACAUCUUGUGGUCAAAAGGUGGAAAUAGCUGCCUUUGCGUCCCAGACGACCCAGCCAUUUUUGGAUUGUUUCAGAUAAUAAAUCAGUUUGUGCUAUGAAAAUAAAGCAAAGAAAGUAUUAACUCUAUAUAAAUUAAUAUUUUACAUGUCAGUCAUUGUUUUACACAAUAUAUGAAUAAAUGAGUCUGAAUAAAUUUGUGGAAAAAAUAGGCCAGAAUAUAGGCUAUGAUAUGCAUAAAUUAUCAAAAUAAAAGAUGAUUAUCGGAAUGGUCAGCUGAAGUGAUUGUGAAGCGGGAAUUAAUACAAAAUGAACAUGCACAAUUUAUUCAUUUAUUCACACAUGCAUACAUUUAUUCAUUCUUAUCAAAGAAGUGAGUGACACUUCAAACUGCGCAAGCGGAUCGCGUUAUUUGAAACAGAAUACGAAGCAGUCACGUGGUUGUGUGAGAAAACGAAGCUUCGGACGUCACAGAUCACAUGGUUUUGGCAAAAUGAAUCAAGCU